CAAACAAACCUAGCUAGCUAAUACUCAUUUCAUUUCGUUCCACACCUUCAUUCUAGAUAUCUCUCUUUCUUUCCGUGUCUUUCUAGCUAGCUUGACAAUAUAUAAGAAACAAAUGCCAAGACCGCAAAGAGAUCCAGUGGUAGUAGGAGGGAUAAUUGGUGAUGUAUUGGAUCCCUUCAAAAAAUCAAUAGAAAUUAGAAUUGCAUAUACUUCUAGGAAUCUCACCAGUGGUUGUGAACUAAAACCGUCUGCUGCUGUUGAUCAUCCUAGAGUUGAGAUUGGUGGUGAUGACAUGAGGACCUUUUACACUCUGGUCAUGGUAGAUCCUGAUGCACCAAGCCCUAGUGAUCCAAGUUUAAGAGAAUAUUUGCACUGGUUGGUUACUGAUAUCCCAGGAACAACAGGAGCAACUUAUGGACAUGAAAUCGUAACAUACGAAGCACCUAAACCGACUGCGGGGAUUCACCGAUAUGUUUACGUUUUAUUUCGACAACUUGGUCGACAAACAGUAUAUGCUCCAGGGUGGUGUCAAAAUUUCAAUACUAGAGAUUUUGCUGAAAUUCACAAUCUCGGACUGCCUGUUGCAGCAGUAUACUUCAACUGCCAGAGCGAGAAUGGCUCUGGAGACAGAAGAAUAUAAGAAAAUAUCCCGUAAAACUGGGUCAUGAAGCAAAGUAAGAUAUCUUAUAAGAAUCGCUCUACUAUUAUAAACCCAACAACUGCUGAAGACAAUCAGUUAGCUAGUAACCAUCUCAUGACAAGAUUCUGAUUCCAAAUAUCAGUUAGCACCCAUUUAAAUUUUCUCUCCUGCUCCUUUGAAGAAUGAUAAACAUUAUGCAAUCGAAGUCGUAUUCUCAUAGUCGGUGGUUCUUUAAUUUCAAUUUCGAUGUGUAUCGCUAUUACACAUGCGCCGUGUCCAUGAACUAGGGUCUGCAUUAUUCUGUAUUAAGACCUCUUUUUUGUAUUUGUAAGUAUAGCUUGCCCUUUAUUUCUGGAUGCAAUUUAUUUUCUGUAAUACAUUUGGCUCACAGGAAAGUAAGCUUUUGAGAUUUUGUUCAAGGAAAAAUAUUGUCUUUAUGUCUAAAGGGGAAAACCGGAGGUGGAAGCCCCAUU